GCCAUUCAGUGGGAACAGUCCAUUCUGUUUGGUGUGAGAAAAGCUGACAGUCUUUCGUUUCUUUCCCUGUAUCGUCUGAGAGUCUACAAUGACGGCAGUAGCUCCUGGAGGAACACCCUCAUCGAGGCUAGGCAGAGCUGUAUCCGAAGUAGAAACCCCUGGUGGAGAGACUCGGUCUUCCAUGAACGGAUCACUGGCAAAGAGAAGACUGGAGAUGGACCCCGUAGCGGUAGCAGCUGGCUCUAAAAGAAGACGUCUUUCUUCUACAACCAGUAACGAGGAAGGACGUCCUGAUCGUAAGCCUGAGACUUCAUUGGGUACUCUAACUAAAAAGUUCUGUGAUUUACUCCAUGCCUCGCCGGAUGGAGUCUUAGACUUAAACGAGGCAGCAGAUACGCUGAGUGUACAAAAGAGACGAAUAUACGACAUAACAAAUGUGCUUGAGGGAGUUGGACUUAUCACUAAAGCGAGCAAGAACCACAUUCAAUGGAGAGCUUCAGAGCCACAAGAGAUUAGUCAUAUACACGAGCUAAAGGAACAUUUAGAACAAAGGAAAAAUGAAGGAAGCAAGCUGGACAAACAAAUCAAUAGAUGUAAAGAAGAGCUGAAGAAACUAAUGGAUGAUAGAGAAAACUGGAGUUUUGCUUAUACUUCAUAUCACGAUCUCAGAAAUAUAUCGGAAUUUGGUGAUAAUACGCUACUGAUAAUCAAAGCUCCCUCUGAUACUAUAAUGGAAUGUGACAAAGACAAUGAUGAAGAGACAUAUAAAAUGCAUCUUCUCAGUACCAAUGGCCCGAUAGACGUCCUUGUCUGUCCGGAGGGAGACAGUGAGCAUUCUUCCUCUACCACGUCCUCCUCCGUGGCUAGUACUCCCGUUAAAAUGGCCUCCCCUCACACGCCUAAAGAGAUAUCCCUCGGAUCAAUGGCCGCACCCCAUGACUCAGACCUGGACGGGUUGUUCCAUGGCAGUCACUCUAUCAAUAGUUCUCAUUUAUCGGGUGAUUGUGGGUUUAUACCCGCUGAUGUAUUUGAGUCUCUCUCUCCACCGCUCAACGGAGAUGACUUUUAUUCAUCUUUAUCGCCGACGGAAGGGAUAUUAGAAUUAUUUGAUUUAGCUUAGAAGUAUUAUUAAUUUAUUAUUUAAAUUAUCAUCAUA